CCGCUGGUAGUCCUCGCCCAUCAACUCCUGCUUAAGCGCACGUCCCGCGGCUUCGGUCGGUCGCGCGGCGGCGAUUUGGCCACCUCGCGGUAUCGAGAGACGGGCCGCUCUGAAGACAUCUCCUCGGGUGCACUCCUGGUUUUACGGCCUGGGGCUGCAGCGGAGGCGACCCAUUUGCGCCGGCGGAGGCCCAAUCAGCCAUCAACGAUAUCAUGCAAGCCGCCGGCGAAAGAGAAUGGCCCGCUGGCUGGUUUGACCAAAAUCCAAACCCUAGCAGCAAAGUGCUCGAGCGAGAAGUUAUUUGAAGCUACAUGGAACCUGAAAGUUCACGGUCCGUUGCUCAAACUGGUAAUGACCGCAAUCCAUGGUGUUUUUCGUCAUUUGAUUACAACAGCAAGAAUUGAGUCCAAAUGGCUUCCAAUCACCCGCAUUUCGCCAGUAACCUUAGUUUCAGCGUCAGAAUCCGGGUCGAUCAGGUGUUCUGGCAAUAUUGUCGGGGGAAAGAUGGUAGAUUUUGCCAUGACUUUGGAUACUGUUUUGACUCCUUUGGCAGUAAUUAAAGAGCAUAUUUAUGCCAGCGACCUUCCAGCAGAUUUAUCUAUCAACCAGACCACAUACAACCCGCUAACUUUGCUGCCGAUUGGUGUAAGCGUUGAGACCAAGGCUUUUGUUGCGGGAGCCGAACAAGGCCGCAUUCAAUUUGUUCCAUGGACAAUCGCAUGGUACAAGAGAACCCAGGCCUGGUUGGAUAGCUGCGCCGAUGAUCUCCGUCUUCUGUCCCGGCUUUAG